AUGUCUCUCCUCCACCGCAUCGUCUUUUUGUUCUCGUUUUUCUGUCUCAUCACCGUAACCUUUUCCGAUGUGGUCGUGCAAUCAGAAGCACUUCAGAGGUUCGCAAACUGCUCCGAUCCGCAGAAGAUUCAGAUUAGAACUGCCUGGAAUGAAGCUGUCCAAAUAGCUACUUGGGUCAACGCGCGCAUGGACUUUCCAAGUCCUCAUGCAGAGCUUGCUUCUUCGGGAAACAGAAAUACAAUCAAAAUCAACAAGAUGAUAUUAGGGGUAAAUAAAUACUUCAGAGUGGGAGUCUUCGCUAACUUACUAGCUCUUAUUACGCAAGCUAGCAUUUAUGGGCUGGCAUGGGGCUGGAAUCCCUCUCACUGGAGCGUUAAUAUAAGCUGUGUCGAUUGGAAGGGUCGAUGUGCACCACCAGGAAAGAAAGGUGCAGUAGCCUACACAACAAAUCCUGAGACCAGAGAUGGCAAAGAAGGGAUAUGGAUGGACACAAUGACAUUUUGUGCCGAAUUCUUCGACGAGAAAACGCAAUACAUGGGGUCUUGCGAUGCACUCUUAGUCGAGGUUCAGAAUAUAUACAACCGGUAUGAGACUUUUGGGAACUUGGAUCUCUACCGAUGCUGGGGGUACGUGGUGUUACACGAGCUAUUUCAUUUAAAUUCUCUCUCCCGAGUCGCAGACACGGGUCAUGUUUGGGAUCGCAAGGUCUGGUAUUACGCACCUGGCGCAGAUAUCCCGGAAAGAAAAGUCGUCUAUGGUGUUAUCUUGUCGAAAGUUUUGGCACUUUUGCAAGAUAGGAGAACUGGCAUCCAAGAGACUUGUGAUGACAACCCAGAGUUCUGCUCAAAGCCUAUCAACUUCCUCGGAAGUGAACCUUUUGACGUUUCGCCUGCGAACUGGACUUUGCCGUUACCUGAUCCUGUGGUGACCGUGUCAAGUGCAGGCCCAUUUACAAUGCCCCUCGAUCCUAAUCUUCUCUGUUAUGAAGGGCUUUACAUGGAUGCGUCCAUUCAACCGUCUGUCAGCGUAACGUUCGCAGUAUUGUCGAUGGAAACAUUUUGCCAAGAUAUCGACACCGUCAUAUUGGAUCCAAACGUCACGACAGAUGUUCCGGUGCCCUAUGACCCUGGCUAUGACGACGAUACAUUACUGUGGAUUCGAGCAGGCUACCAGGUUGGAGACCCCACAUGUACUGGAGAGGUUUCACUGCUCUCCGAUGAAUGCAACCUUCAGCUGUCUACCGUUCUCACCGAAUGCGGCAGCUCUGGACUAUCGCCGCAGAGCUAUGGCGGAAGUCGUGUGUGGGGUUGCAUAAAUUGGCACUUACGAUUAUUGCUACCAUCCCUGACCAAGGCCCAUACAGCUGUGUGCUUGAUGACGAUUUGCUUCCAAGCACCUGCAUUUGUGGAUACACAGCUGCGACAGGAUCUCCAGAAGUAUAUCCGCUAG